CAGUGGCUCUUUGUUUACACUUGUGGCACAGCAACACGGCUGGUCGUCUCUCACUCCCUUAAAAUCAUUCAUUUUAUACCCCCGAAAGACAGAGGUGUUAUCAAGAAAACUGAAGUGCAAGGUUUACAGAGGUCCAAAUCUGUCGUGACAGUUAAACUGGAGGAACGACAAUAUCAUUUUCUUCGUUUCAAGGUAUGUUCAAAACAACAGGGGAAACCUUAGUUCCAGACGGACGUGUUCGAAGAAGCCGAAGCCGAAGCCCAUCCCUUGUACUGAACGAGGUGUUCAGCGCCUGCUCUCACUGUUCACCUUUCAACAGAAUUUAUCCACAAGACAGUUUGUGGGGUUUGGAGUACCACCCUGCAGAAGCCAUAGUGCAGAUUGCCUACCUGAAAACCGACGUAGCCAUUACGAAGGCGCUAAGAAGAAAACAUUCGUAAGUACCUUCAUGAAUCUGGCCCCAGGGUAUUAAUUACUGAAGCUUUGACCCCCCUCAACAAUAAAAACAAACUCCAAACAUCAAUAAUUGGAACAGGUGGUGGUGAGGAAGUGUAGAGCGGGCGUGGAGAGACGGACGGGACUGUGGGUCAUGAUGCCAGCCUCCUCCACCCAACACUUCCUGCCAACAUGACCUGGUAUGCUCGACUACUGUGUCAUCACCCAUAUGUGGUGUUGAGCAGUGUGGUGGUGGUGGUGGUGACAUGUCUUGUACUCUCCCUUACUGCCCGCCCACUCCCAGCCUUCACCGACCCAUCCUUGGGCUUUGAAUCAAGAGGAACUGUGAUAAGUGAGCGGGCAGUAGCCUGGGAAAACCUCUUGGAUGCUACUCGUCCCAAUGGUUCCCUCAGUGUCAACCCUUCAGAUGACCCUUACUUGAUGAAACUGCUUCACUCCUUUGGAAACAACGAAGAAAAAGAAGCAGAUGAUGAGAAACUUCCAAAUCACACACACAUUGUGUGUAUUGAGAUGACACCUAAUGGCCCUGUUGAAGUAUUUGACAACUGCAGCAGCAGUAUGGGUCAAAACGGCAGUGAGGGUCGAGUAGAAAUGGACAAGACUCCUAUAUUUGAUUUAAGUGCCAUGAUGGACUCGGCUCAAAAGAAUGAAGGCAGAGGAGAAAAUCCUUCGGAAUAUAACAUGGAAAAUGAAUGGGGUCAUGAGCACAAGAACCAUGAGCAUGAUGAGCAUCUCCAUUAUCAUAUAGGAGAAGAUGGCUUUUUUUGUAAUCCUGUUGUUCCUGAGUAUGGGCAUAUGAUUGUCAAGAGCACAGUACCGAGAGACACCUUAAUUACAUUAAAGCAUUUAAAAGCAAUUUGUGAACUUGAUGACCGAUUACGUUCUCCAGCCGAGUUUGGAACAAUAUGUGAAACCUGGACCCCUGGACGUUGCUGUCCUUCCUGGUCACUUCCAAACUAUGUGGCACUACUGUCUAACCGUACGUCUUGUCACUAUAUAACGCAAGAUGAUGUUGUCAAUGUGCGUCGCUUGCUGAGAAGGUGCGCACGCCGUUUAGACCUUCAAAUAGAGCGUGGUUGUAAUGGACCCACAGGAUGUCAGCGAGUUCCUCAAGAGUGCCUGCACCAUGAUGCUGUAUACACCAUUCUUCAUUAUCUUGUUGAUGCUGCUUUUCUGAAUCCAGAGACAAGAAGUCGCCCAUCCAUUUUGGUACCAGACCCUGAUCAUCCACAACCUUUCAAGCACCCUGAGCCACAUCAUAAACACCAGAGGCAGCAGAUCCAGCAACGUCUCAGUUUAACUGCUGUGUUUGUGCCCGUGGCUCGUAGCUCUGAUGCACUUCCUUACUAUGAAGCUUUGCAAAAUCUUGAUCUCACUGUAGAUAAUGUGACGGUAGUAGCAAUGGACCUGGGUCUAAAAUACAUUCUAUUUGACAAGCUGUUAAUGACGAAUUCAUUCCUACUGGGCAUUGGUGCUGGCAUUGUGGUGGUGUUGAUGUGGUGCUACACUGGCUCACUCUUCGUCACUAUAGUCGCCAUCACCACAGUUGCCUCUUCUCUCAUCAUUGCAUACUUCAUGUACAUCUUCAUUUAUGAGAUAACUUUCUUCCCAUAUAUGAAUGUUUUAACUACUGUUAUAGCAAUAGGCAUAGGUGCAGAUGACACAUUUGUUUAUUGUCGUGUAUGGACUUUAGCCAAGCAAGAUAAAAAUGCGGGAACCAUGGUGAAGUUGGUAGGUGAUUCCCUUCAUCAUGCCGCAGCAUCCAUUAUUGUUACCUCACUAACAACUGCUGCAGCCUUUUUUGCAUCCUGUGUGUCACAUAUCACAGCCAUUCGUUGCUUCAGCAUUUUUGCCGGAACUGUGGUUCUGGCCAACCUCAUGCUUAUGCUGACCUGGGUACCAGCAUGUGUUGUGGUGGCUGAGAAGUGGGGAGCCUCCACCUGCUGUCUCUGUGUUCCCCCUGCACCUGUAUAUGCUCCCCAUCUGCCACCUCGAUGUUCUGUGCUGUGUGCCCUGCCACUCAGAUUUUGUUACUUUUGUGCUGAGUCAGCAAGAAUUUUCUUCGAGAAGAUGCUCCCUUGGGUGAUAGUGAAGCCCCGCCACCUAUGGGUCUUGUUGCUGGGUUCUCUGGCAGCAUGCAGUGCUGUUGUUGUAUUCUACUUCCCAGGCCUCAAGUUACCUGAUUCACAAGAAUUUCAACUUUUUUCAAGAGAUCAUGUCUUUGAACAGUAUGAUUUAGAGUACAAAUAUAAAUUUUGGUUUGAGAGGAAUCUAAGAAGUGAUAUUGUGAAUCUGCUACCAGUACGUAUCGUUUGGGGAAUUAAGCCAGUGGAUAAUGGGGACUACCUCAACCCUGCUUCAAAAGGAACAUUAGAAUUUGAUGAUAGUUUUGAUGUAUCUCUACCAGAAUCUCAGGAAUGGUUGCUAAACUUUUGCCGUGAUCUUCGAAACCAAAGCUUUUAUAUGUCUACCCUGGGUCCUCUACUUCCUAAUUGUUUUAUUGAAACAUUUAAAGCCUGGAUGUAUAGAAGAUGCAUAGAUCCAAAAACAGGUGUUGAUCGAUCUCCUUGCUGUGAAGGAUCCAAGUUUCCUUACUCUCAAGAUGUGUUUGAUCAGUGUAUUCAUAAGGGUAUCAAGACUCUUUACCAGACUCCAAGAGAAUACUUCAUUCCUGGAGUGGCUGGUCCCAAAUUCAGUAGAGAAACUGGAAAAGUUGUGGCCAUUGUUGUGGAAUAUGACAGCAACACUUUAUGGUCUCUCUCCUAUGAGGAUAUGCAAGACUUUUAUAAACAGGUGAAUACAUGGGUGACUAAUCAAGUAAAAGAAGCACCAAAAGGGAUGCAGGGAGGCUGGUUCACCUCAUACCUAAGUUUCUUUGAUGUACAGCAGUCAUUAUCAGUAGGAACAGGAAUAGCAGUUGCUGUUGCUGUGGGUAUCAGCCUAGCUGUGCUAGUGAUGACAACCCUUAAUGUAGUUGUGAGUCUGCUGGCAGUCUUAAGUGUAAGUGCUGUUAUUUUAGUGACAUUAGCUGCAUUAGUUUUAUUAGGCUGGCAUCUUAAUGUUUUGGAGAGUGUAACAGUGACUGUGGCUAUAGGAUUAGCAGUAGAUUUAACAUUGCAUUAUGGUGUUGCCUAUCGGUUAUCCCCGGAGGCUGAUCGAGAAGCUGCUGUGUCUUGGGCAGUGGCCCGCUUGGGCAGCCCAGUAUUUAUGGCUGCUGCAACCUCCCUGGCAGCUGGUAUUUCUAUGCUACCUGCCAAAGUUUUAGCUUAUGUUCACAUUGGUACUUUUCUUACAGUAAUCACUACAGCUUCAUACAUCUACGCAACUCUCUUUUAUCUUCCACUGUUGCGUAUAUUUGGCCCUGAAUCAGGGUGUGGACAACUCUCUUAUCCACAAUUAAGGUGCUGCUCUUGUUGCAGUCAAGGCCCUCAGCCUCAUGUGGACAAAACUGUGUAUCAGCAGGCAUUUAUGAGUGAAUCGACUUUAUCCACAUCUAGUACAUCGUGUCCAGCGCCCCAAACUCAUCCAUCAUCUGACACACAUGAACUUGAGCCCUUAACUGCAAUGCGUUUAGCUGGACGAUGUGGAACUCACACUCGUGCCAUCCACAACCCUACUAGACAUAAAGUUGGUUUAGUUGAACCCCCACCCAUAUCAGAGGUACCCCAUAACCACGUAGCAGCUCACAAUGAUGUGGGAAUUGUCUCAGGGACAGGUCGUGCUGCUAGAUCAGGAUCUUUGUCAUCCUCUGUGUGUGCGCAGGACCAUGUAAACUUUGUCCCACGAAAAGUAUCUUUGCCUUCACCUGGGGGUGCUGUGAGUGAGGGGGGCGAACCCUCUCCAAGACAUAGUGUAGCCCCAGCAUCUUCAGCUACAACAAUUCUUUAUUCAGAACCAGACACAGACUUUGGGCAACAAUUCCAGCAUCCUCCAGAAGGAAACAUCAUUCCAACAGUUCUCGCUCUUGAAAAUGGAACAUUAGUCGCCUAAGACACUGUGGAACAAAUGCGCGGCUGUGAGUGACAAUGUGUAGUACCUUCUUGUGUGAUGGUGCUAAAUUGAAGCUACCACAGAGUAUCUGUUAUUGUGAUAAUAUAUUGCUCAUUUCAUUUGAUAUAUUAGAUACUUUAUUCAGUUAUUUGUAAAGAUAACAUUAUAGGUAGCAGUUGAGUGUUGUUGCCUGCACUAUGUUUUAAUGAAAACCAUUUAUUUAUUACAUAGUGAUCAAGAAAUGUGAAUAACUAAUCUUUUGUGUAAUAAAUAUUUUAUAUUGUGUUUGAAGAAUGAUGUUGGAAUAGCGUGUAAGUUAUUGAGACUCGGUACCCUUCCAUAUGUGAGUGGGUAAAAUUUUAAUUGAUUGCAGUGAAAUAAAAAUAUAACAAGCAGUUUACAUGAUAGUUAUUUAGUAAUUUUUUACCAAAAGUAAUGUUACUGUAUUGACAUACCAUAAAUGGAAAACAAAAAUAAAAAAAUACUAAAGCCCCAGUGUUAAGAGAAUCAAAGAUGCACUUGCCAGGGUCCAAGGGGCAUUUUGCAUAAUUUAAGGUUUAAGUCGAGCAGAAAUGUACACUCUAAAAUUGGUAUACAGUGGAACCUCCAAAUCAUUCUAGACCUGUGUAUCCAGAUAAAAUAAUCCAAAAAUUACACGUAAUUACACUUAACCACCGUGCUGCGCCGAGUUUAUUGUGAAAUUACCCCUGUACGCAUGAAAUAGUGUUCCCAAAAAAUUCUUUUUCUUCAUAAAAUGAUAAAUUCCCUUCCCUGAACAAAUCUAUGUAAAAAUAAAUACCAAAUUCCACUUACUUUAACUGUGAGGACGUGGACAAGGUGCGCUAUGACGUCAUCAGGGGCUGGUCGCCCGUGCUUGACAUGCUCAGACACGGUCACACGGGCCAUUCAAGCACCGGAUGUUGCCACAAAUAUAUAUUCAAUUAUUUGUUCUAUGUAUUUCCAAUGCGGUUUUAUUUGUUUUUUCAUCGUAUAUGAUGCAUAUUUGUGUCCUUUACAAUAUG